UCUCCAAUCCAGACCCGACCACAAACAAUAAAAGCCCAUUUUAAAAGCACCAGCAUCCCCCUGCAGCCGGACACAACCCUAAUGGCGACAGAGAGUUACAACCCGACCGGAGCACUAACCAAAACCCGAUUCUCCGACCUCCAACCACGCCUCUCCGAGCCGGUUCUCCAAGCUCUCUCUCAAAGCGGCUUCGACUUUUGCACGCCGGUUCAGGCCGCUACUAUACCUCUGCUAUGUAGCUAUAAAGAUGUCGCUGUUGACGCCGCCACGGGCUCUGGGAAAACCCUAGCUUUUGUCGUUCCUCUCGUUGAGAUUCUCCGUCGCGCUUCCACUCCUCCUAAGCCUCACCAGGUGUUGGGAAUAAUUAUAUCACCUACGAGGGAGUUGUCAUCACAAAUAUUUCAUGUUGCCCAACCAUUCAUCUCCACGCUUUCCAAUGUCAAACCUAUUCUUCUUGUUGGUGGAGCUGAAGUAAAAUCAGACAUGAAGAAAAUCGAGGAUGAGGGUGCUAAUCUACUUAUUGGGACCCCUGGAAGGUUGUAUGACAUCAUGGACCGCAUGGAUAUUCUUGAUUUUCGGAGCCUUGAGAUUUUGAUAUUAGAUGAAGCUGAUAGGCUAUUGGAUAUGGGAUUUCAAAAGCAGAUAACUUCUGUUAUAUCUCGGCUACCGAAGCUUCGUAGAACUGGUCUCUUUUCAGCUACUCAAACAGAGGCUGUCGAAGAGCUAUCCAAAGCAGGAUUGAGGAAUUCUGUAAGAGUUGAAGUUCGAGCUGAAACAAAAUCUAUCAACUCUGCACAAUCAUCACUUCAAUCAGUUUCCUCUAAAACUCCAUCAGGUCUUCUUCUUGAGUAUCUUGAAUGUGAAGCAGAUAAAAAAUCAUCACAGCUUGUGGAUCUACUUGUUAAGAACAAGUCCAAAAAGAUCAUAAUUUAUUUCAUGACCUGUGCUUGUGUUGAUUAUUGGGGGGUUGUCCUUCCUCGUCUUUCUGCUUUAAAGGGUCGUUCAUUAAUUCCUUUGCAUGGACAGAUGAAACAGGCUGCGAGGGAGAAAGCAUUAGCUUCGUUUACAUCUCUUUCAAGUGGCAUUCUUCUAUGUACUGAUGUUGCAGCUCGAGGUCUUGACAUUCCAGGUGUUGAUUGUGUUAUACAGUAUGACCCUCCUCAGGAUCCAGAUGUGUUCAUACACAGAGUGGGCCGGACUGCUAGGUUGGGUCGACAAGGGAGUUCUAUCGUUUUCUUAUCACCGAAGGAGGAAGCAUAUAUCGAGUUCCAGCGUAUAAGAAGGGUUCCUCUAGAAGAACGAAAAUGUUGUGAUGAGGCUUUUGAUGUUGUCCCUGAGAUUCGUACUGCUGCCAAAAAAGACCGUGAUGUUAUGGAAAAAGGACUUAGGGCAUUCGUGUCUUAUGUACGCGCAUACAAAGAGCACCAUUGCUCCUACAUAUUUAGGUUUAAAGAACUUGAAAUUGGGAGACUUGGUAUGGGAUUUGGCUUGUUGAAGCUUCCCUCAAUUCCCGAUGUGAAGCAUCACUCAAUUUCAACCGAGGGUUUUAUACCAGAGCAAAACGUCAAUCUUGAAGACAUCAAGUUCAAGGACAAAUCUCGUCAGAAACAAAGAAACAAGAACCUGCAGGAGAAAAAAGCAAAACAAGAACUAGAACCAAAACGGCAGAAGCCCAAAUUGUCAUUAAAAAAUGCAACUACAGUGAAUAGGAAGAAAACAGCCCAGCAGAGAAGAGCUGUUCAGACUGCUGAAGAUGAUGAUGAACUGACAAGGGAUUAUCGCCUGUUGAAGAAGCUGAAAAAAGGAGCAAUAGAUGAAAACGAGUUUGCGAUGUUGACAGGAACUGAAGAUCUUUGAAACAUAUAGGUGCUGUACUAUCCAGUUAAAGAUGUGUAUUAUAGGCCGGCUCAACUGCAGACAAGUCAUGCUGUAGAGAGUUUCUGCUGUCCUUCACAUACCGGCAAAUGUGUUGUCAGUUCUAGGUAAGGGCUACUUUUGGUUGACUGAUAACUUUGCUUUGCUUAUCAUAUAGUAGUUUCUAAGUGUAUCCAUAUAUCAAUGUAUUAAUUUCAGACAUUAAAGACAGUUAUAUCAAUUCCAGUUUGCUGCAAGUUUUGUUUA